GAGAAGGGGACGACGAGAAGUGAAAGGAAACAUGACGGCACCAGAGAAGAGAAGGAAGGGCAUUUUUAUUAUGAUUUCUUUCAUUUGAGCUUCUCACUCUCUCUCUCGCAUCUGAACCCUGGGCUAUGGCGUAUGGCGCCUCCCACGCCUCUCUCUCGAGAGCAGCAGAGCGUGUUGGAGCUUACUCAACUCGCAGGGCUUGAUAUUCGAGAGGAUGCGUUUCUGAUUUUGUGGGAGUUAAUGCAGAGCGACGUUGCACCAAUGCUAGUCUUGCAGCUACUGAAGUCCCUAGCAGGUGUUGGACCUGACGCAACUCCACCAGCGGAAUCACCUAGUGAAAGUGGAUCAUAAAUUCUCAUUUAGCGUACUCGUGCAUAGCAGAAAGGAGGAGAGUUCCUCCUAGAUCAAGAAGUUAUCAAGAUGUCAGGAGCAGCUUCCGCAAUUUUUUUACUGGACAUGAAGGGCCGGGUCCUCAUAUGGAGGGAUUAUCGGGGCGAUGUCUCUGCUCCUCAGGCUGAGCGUGCAUUUGCAAAGCUGAUGGAUGGAGAGGGUGAUCCAGCCUCCCACGCUCCACUUUUAUUGGAUAAUGGAGUUACUUACCUCUUUAUUCAGCACAACAACGUCUAUGUUAUGACUGCUUCUAGACAGAAUUGCAAUGCAGCUAGUCUCGUGCUCUUCCUCCAUCGUAUUGUGGAUGUUUUCAAGCACUACUUUGAGGAGUUGGAAGAAGAGUCUCUGCGUGACAAUUUUGUCGUUGUUUAUGAGCUUCUUGACGAGAUGAUGGAUUUUGGAUAUCCUCAAUACACAGAAGCUAAAAUUCUGAGCGAGUUCAUCAAAACCGACGCAUACAGGAUGGAGGUUACUACGAGGCCUCCCAUGGCAGUAACUAAUGCGGUGUCCUGGAGAAUGGACGGCAUUAAGUACAAAAAAAACGAGGUCUUUCUUGAUGUAGUAGAAAGCGUGAACAUUCUGGUGAACAGCAAUGGUCAGUUAGUGCGUUCAGAUGUCGUUGGUGCCUUAAAGAUGCGCACGUACUUGAGUGGUAUGCCGGAGUGCAAACUUGGUCUUAAUGACCGCGUUUUGUUGGAGGCUCAAGGUCGGUCUACCAAAGGAAAGGCUAUUGAUCUGGAUGACAUCAAAUUCCACCAGUGUGUCCGGCUAACCCGUUUUGAAAACGAUCGGACAAUAUCCUUCAUUCCUCCAGACGGUGCUUUUGAUUUAAUGACGUACCGCCUCAGUACACAGGUGAAACCUUUAAUUUGGGUGGAGGCUCAAGUAGAGCGACAUUCAAGAAGUCGCGUGGAGUUUAUGAUCAAGGCGCGCAGCCAGUUCAAGGAGCGAAGUACGGCUUCCAAUGUGGAGAUUGAGCUUCCUGUACCGGCUGAUGCGUCAACCCCUGCCGUUCGGACAUCCAUGGGCACAGCUGUUUAUGCUCCAGAAAAGGAGGCUCUAAUCUGGAAAAUCAAGUCUUUUCCUGGAGGAAAGGAGUACAUGAUGAGAGCGAAGUUUGGGCUGCCUAGCAUUGAAGCUGAAGAUGUAGUGAUAGAGAAGCGACCACCUAUUCGAGUCAAGUUUGAGAUCCCUUAUUUCACUGUUUCCGGCAUCCAGGUGCGGUAUUUGAAGAUCAUUGAGAAGAGUGGUUAUCAGGCAUUGCCAUGGGUGCGGUACAUAACCACCGCAGGUGAAUAUGAGUUGCGUAUUUAGAUGAACAAUUCAAUGUCUCAUGCAUUCUUUCUCUGAUGUCUAACGAGGCAUCGGUUUCCAAUCUCUGCUAUAGGCUCUUUGGUUCAUGGAUGUGAUGAGCUUUCGCUUGGAGUAGAUCAGAAAAAAGCUCUGUGGAUAUUUGUGCCUCUAAAUGAAGCUUUCUGGUGCUUUCUACUGUCUUUGGAGAUCCUCAAAAAGCGUGUCAAUAGAAAAGGAUUCAUAAAGUGCCACACCUUGCCGCUCAUGCUUAAUUUUCUUCGCUUGCUACCUAUUUCAGUGCUUUUUCAAUCCCAGGAAUGAGUAAAUCCUAUAAUAACCUUGCUUGUA